UCCGGCCACUAAACGCUGAUCUGUUGGAGUUAUUAUGUGAAAACUAGUCAGUUUUCUCAUUUUUCUCUCGCAAUUGGCGCUUAAAAGCCCACAUAUUUCCCUCCAUUUUUGUUUCUUGCUCGCUUUAGUAUUUUGACUUAGUUCGUUUUAUGCUUUUGGCACUCUGUCAUUACCACCGCUUCUUUUACAGCUAGCAAUUCUUGCGCUACCACUCCGCGAGCCAAGCCCAUACCAUAAGCCACAUUUUAUACCAACUCGACUACCUUGACGCUGGCCAACCACGAAAGCUGAGGUUAGUUUGAGUCGAAACGCGUUUAUGGACGGUUUAACGCUGGUAUGCGGUACGAAAUAUUGGGAAACAAUUAUAAUCUUUUUUCAAUAGCAAUUUUUUUAUCGCCUAAAAUAACGGAAAAUUUUUCAUUUUCAUGUUGAACGGGUUUCAAAUAUGUAAAUAGUAAAUAAAAAAUAUCGCCCUGCGUUAAUAUCAAAGAAAUAAUUACUUAUUAAAACAAAUUAAAACAAAAUCCGAAAAAAAACAAAAAUCAAUCAAAUAACAACAAAUCGCCACAGUUUUCGCACCACAAGAAGUGCAUUGCAUGAAACAAAUAAAUGAGUUUUUGUGUAACAAAAAUGACUUAUACAUUUUUGGCUUAACAAAAGGUUUUCAAAAUUAGCAACAACAGCAAAACAACACAAGUUGUUUAAAGAACUGCUUUAACGGCGAGUGAAUAGUGAAAUAAUAGUAACAACAACAAUAAAGAACUGUACACACUAAGCGUGGAUUCGGCGCACUCACACACAGCAUGGGAAUACCAGCGCUUUGCGACCACGGCUUUCUGCUGCUGAUACUGGUGAUUUCGGUGCUUGCUGUCGUGCAGUCACAAGAUACAUCAGGCUACUAUUUCGCCGCACCCAACGCACAGACACGCUUUGUGCCAUCCGCUGCGUUCCAGUCGAAUCGUCAGACCGCGCAGGCGGCCUAUUUGACAACGACACGUGGUGGCGGUAAUGUGUUGUCUCCCGGUGCUUACACCCAACCGGGUUCAUAUCAAGAGCAGCUGCUAUUCAUCAGCAAUGAUGGCAAGCCGCAACAGUCACAACAGCCAGCUUCACCGGUGGCUUAUUCACCGUUUGGUGCGCAAAUUUCGCAAGCCCGCAAUCCCGAUUACUACGACAUUUCACCGCGCCCUUUCGGUUCCCCCGGUUCAACGGGCCUCAGCACCGCAGCCAGUGGGUUCACACGCUCCAAGGCGAUACGUCCGGUCGGCGGCGGUUUUGUGCCUUCACAACAAAGUCCUGUACGCGCAAAUGUGCCACACCAGCAAACACAAUUUUUGGCACACUUCAACGAGCCGGCUACCUCCUCGGCUAAUCGUCCAUCAGCGAAUAGCUUAUCCGGCUCUUUCCAACGUCCUUUCGGCAGUAGUGGUUUCGUGCCCAGCUCUAAUCGCAAUCGCCCAGUCGCCGCAGCUUCUAGUGGCGCGAACUACAAUACCGAUUUAUCACCAAAUUCAAGCCAGCCCGCAUUUUCGCAAACAUCCUUCAAAAACACGCGCAAUCGCUUCCAACCCAGUAGCGCCAAUGCGCCUAUUGCGUCAGCUACCACGGAAGCGCCAGUGUCAAGCACGAAACGAUACAACCGCUUCGGCGCUAGUCGCUCUCAGAAUACACUAAAAGCACAACAACAACCGACCCCUUAUAAUACGCCUGAAGCCACAUCACAGCGUCCCACAUUUGGACGCGUUACUGGAAAUAAGUCGAGCAGCUUUCAACCUAGACGUCCAGUUUUCAUUAGUCGCGAGAUUAAUGAACCCGUAAAUGUAGCUAAAGUGCAGAGACCUUUCUCUGCCGGUCGCGUCAAGUUACCCGCUAAAGAGGGUCUCUUCAAGCAAUCCACAGCGACUGCGGUGAAACCGACAUCAGCCAUUACACCUACCAGUGACAGCGAAGAGUAUUACGAGGAUGAAAAUGGUAGCCCUGCGGAUGUGAGCGCCAUAAAAGAAACAAAUCUGGAAAAGUUGGAACUGCAUGAGGCCGAAGAGACAACGGUCUCAGUUAUAGCAGCUCCAGAUACAACACAAUCCACAAUCAGCGCUGAAGGCGAAGAGACUACUGCUUUGCCGUUAGAUGAUGACAAAUCAGAUGCGACCGUCGAGCAAGUUAAUGAAGAAAACACGAGUAAUGAAUCAAAUUAUGAAUCAGUUGAUGUCACCACACGUAGCUCGGAGUAUGAGUAUGAAUAUGUGGAUGAAGAAGAAUCAACUGAGGCCACUGUGAAGGAAAUCAAACCAAAACAGUCUUCGACCACUGCAGCGAGUGAGACCACUACUAUAAUCUCUACCACAGUCGAGGUUUCAGCAAUCACUACAGAGCAGCCACAGACAAGCGAAAGCAAUCAGGAAGUUGAAGAGUCUACUGAGUUACUCACGACUGCAAAUCACCACACAACUACCGCUAUGCCUGCAAAUCAUAAGGUGACUGAAUUAGAACAAUCAGAAGAUAAUGAAGAUGCGAACUACGAAGGUAGCGCUGAUUACGAUGAAGACGAGUACGAAGAGGAGGAUGAAGAAUUUGAGGAAACGGAAGAUGUAAGCCAAGAACCAGCAAAUGACAGGAAUAUUAUUGAUCGCGAGGUCAUAUCUGUAGUGACUACCAAGAGCGUGGUGAAUGGCUCAACUGCCUAUCCAACACCGGUCACACAACGUACAACAACACUUUCCAGCGAUGAAGAAGCCAUCUUUACCGAAAAUAAAGUACCACCGACUGAAAUGGACAAAGUUAAAGCAGCUAAAGUCGCCGACAAUUCCACAACCAAUGACGAUUCUAUGAGUAAUACAACCGAGAGUUAUGUUGUAAUAGCCUCCAUACAAACAAGCCGCAGCAUAAAUGGUGCACGAUUCCUACCUUUCCCUGCCAUCGAACAAGAGGAAACCAAGCAGACCCUCUCCGAGCUGGAACGCAAAAUUCAUGCACAAAAGACAGAGUCGAAGAAAAAUAAUAAAGAUAUGGAAACAGAAGAAGUCGCAGAAAGCGGUGAGGAAGUAAUGGCGAAUGUAACGGAGAAGUCUAGCACGAAUGUGGCGAUCUCUUCCACUGAAAGCAUCAUUGAUAAAUUAGAUCGUGUGCAAUCGGAACUGUCUAGUGGUCUACUCUCUGGUAAAUAUCCUAUUAUUACCGAAAUGGAUGUGUCGACAAAGGCCACCACUACUACCUCAGGUUCUAAAUUCGUACCAAAUAUACGUAAGUUCCAACCAAAGACCACCGCCGCUUCGAAGGUGAAGGUGCACCAUUUUGAUGAGAGUGAAAUGGAUGAGUUGGCUGGCUUGCUGCCGGUAGGCUUCAAACCACGUCCCUCGUAUAAGAAUCGUAAGUUUACUGCUACAACGACCGCAAAACCAGAGGUGGCACCACCGGAAGUGAAGAAACCAACGCGUAAUUCCACAAUUAGUCGCUCAUUUAAAAAUAAUGCCGUAAUUGUACAGGACGUUGCCCUUGCAGGUCUCUUACCCAAAGGAUAUAAGCCACCAACUACCACAGAAGCCUCCACCAAAGCCGAUAUCACAGAUCUCUUCAGCAAAAUUAAGUUCGAUGAUAGUCUAGAAAAAUUGCUGCCAAAGGACUAUAAAGAGAAAGCAGCCACGACAACUAAGCCGGCUGUAACGCUUGUAGAUGAUAUCUCUAAGUUCUUACCACCAGGUUACAAAUUAUCAUCCACUACCACAGCACCAACUAAGAAACCCGCUGUUGCCGUACAUGACGAUAUCAGCAAGCUUCUGCCACUUGGUUAUAAGCCAUCCUCGAAGCACGAAGAUGAAACUGAUAAAUUAGCCGGUGGUAUUAUACCGUUGAAGGCCAAUGACAUAUCCAAACUCCUACCACCAGGUUAUAAACUCAAUGAGACAAGUACGAAGGACAUGAUGCCAGUAAAUGCGAGCAUUGAUAUUUCACAGUUAUUACCAAAAGACUACAAACCCAGCGCAGCCACAGAGAAAUCCAUAGAAAUGGCCGAAGUAAAAACCAUUAAGAAUGUCAUGAUCACAUCGAAAGCUGCUUCGACUACUGAAGCAAGCUCCUCCGCGGCAGCUGACGGGAUCGACAGCACUACUGCUGCCUCUGGUUUCAAGGUCGUCUUUCCAAAAGGCAUACACAAACGAAUUGGUGCGCAACGUUUGACCACACCGCGUACUACUGGAGGCGAUAGUGCAAAAGAAGCGGGCAACUCACCAGCGGUGGUCAUCAAGAAAGGACCACCCACACGUGCAACUACUGAGUUCACGGGGUGGCCAACACCAUCCACAACACCCAUAUCCAUCGAGAAAUUGUUGGAACAGAGCAGGACAGUGAGUAUUAACUUUGAGGAUCUCCUUUCAUCCAGUAGCACCACUACUACAACAACGACUACCACAACAACAACUACUACAACUCCACGUCCCACGAAACCAGGACACUGCACAUCCGAUUGUGACCUCGCAGCAACGAUAAAGAUUAUAGAUGGACUUGCAUGGAAACCGGAACUACUAGAUCACAAUACAAUCGAGUGGAAGAAUCUAGCGCAUGAAGUGGAGGCAGAGCUGAACGAGGUCUACUCGAAGGCGCCGCAACUGUCUCGCUGGUACAAAAAGGUACGCAUUGACAGCUUCAGUCAGGGCAGCGUGCUUGUGGAUUACUAUGUCGAGCUUGCAAACAUUACUGAAGACGUAAACACUUUAGAGAUAAAGAAACUCUUCCACGAUGCUUUGACUCACCCGCCACCGGAGAUGAUCUUGGCACACAAACCCGUCACGGAAAACGAAACCGACAAUGAGGAUGAAAGCUCAAACACCAAUGCGCCAUAUCGAGAAGGGACGGAGGAAAAACUAAUCAAGGAGACGUUCUUAAUGGGAAAAUAUGUUAUAGAUCCAUCGGCCACAGACUUUAGUGUUAUACCCAAAUCUCUUUCACCUAUGAUUGAAUUUGCCGAAGAAGAUCAACUGAUACCUCAAUGGGCGAUUGUGAUAAUUGUAAUAGGUGUAGGCUCAUUGAUCUUCGUCAUAAUUUUUGGUGUGACUGUGCUACUUAACCGUCAAAAGCGCUCCAAAAAGACACCUAUACCACUGACCAACGAUAUGUUGAAUGAGUUGAAGAUCAAUCAUAUGGGUGGUGCGGAAAAUUAUGGCGUCGAUGAUUUCUAUAAUAUAGAUGAUGCUUGGAAUGACACUAAGCAACCGAUUAAGCCAAAGCGCUUCACGAACUCUCUGCAUGGUAGCAACGGUUCCAAUAUCUACGACAGUUGGCGUUCCACACGUCAUGGCGAUUAUUUGUACGAUUCUCAAACUAAUUACUCACAAAAGGGUGACUCUUUGCAACGUGCUCACCAUCAUAAUAAUCAUCAUCAGCAUCAUCAUCACCACCAGCAACAACAACAUCAGCAACCCCACCAUCAACAACAACAUACGAUGUCACAGCAUCAGCACCCAUAUCAUCAGUAUCCUGAUGCCUUUGCGGAUGCGCAUCCAAUGUACACGUACAACAACAAUAGCGGUAGCAAUAGCAAUCAUGCGAGUCGAGCGUCUCGUUAUCAGCGAGACUACGAUCCAGACUUUUAAGAGAUACAGGCAGAAGUGUUGAGGGGCGAAAAGUUUUAAAAAUGAAUAGGAGCAGGAAAAUGUAGAGUUAAUUUUUAAAAAUAAAUAAAGCAAAUUUAUUAUAGACAGCUCAUAAGGUUUAAGCUCAAAAAUGUAAACACUAUUAGUGAGGUUAGAGAAGGAAAUAAAACUUAUUACAUAUCUAGUUUUGCUGUUGUAAAAAUACACAAAUGUCGCGAAAAAAAAAUAAAAAUAUUAAAACGGAAAAUACUCAAAUAACAAACGGACUAGGAAGCUGUUACGUAUAAAAUUCUUAUUUUUUAUGAAAGUUAUAGGAAUGAUAUUUAUUAAUGUAAAAAAACAGCACUCAUUAUAAAUGUUAUGCACUUAAAAUAUUUUUAAUAAAAUAAAAUAUAACAAAUUUUUUAAACUUUAAAAAAUUAAGAAAUCCUAAUAAUUAGUCUUCCUGCGCGACGUAAUUUCCUUCGCUUUAAUGCUAUUUCUCUUCUAAAAAUAAAUUUCACGUGCCUUUUGAAAAUUUUUGAGUAAUUGCUUCUUAGCAAAAUUAAGAAGUAAAACAUCAAAAAUUAAGAAAAAUAAAAAUAUUGUGGAAAUUAUUAUAACAAAAAAAUUUAAACUCUCAAACUUCGUCACCUUUCACACACUGUAUAAAGUGUUUAAGGCGUCUCGAUUUAUACUUAAUUAUACUCGUUUAUAUGAAAACUGCAUUGUAAGCGGUCGACUCGAGCUUAAACAACGAGUUGAAAUUAGUCACGACUAGUGUUAGACCACUUUUAGGAAAAAUAAAUAAUAUUUUCUAAUUUAGUUUUAUACGAACAACAAAAAAAUAGCAAUGAAAAAUAUUUUUUUUUACAAGUUAAAGCAUAAACAAAAAUAAGUUAAUUUCAGAAUAACUAAUGAAUUGUAAUUAUAAUUAUAAUAUAACUAUAACAACAAAUAUAUAUACAUA